CGAACCCGGAAGCGCCUUGGCCACGCCCCCUUUUCCAUCUUCUCCCUCUGCAGCCAAUCAGGGCCUCCCCCUGGUCCUGGCUCGGCCAAUCAAAACCGAGCUCUUCCCGGAAGCCCCGCCUUGAGCUCUGCGUUAAUGCAGCCAAUCAGCCGCUCCCUAGGGUUCCGGCUCAGCCAAUCAGCGCCGGUCCCUCCCCGGAAGUCCCGCCUCUCCGGAAGCCCCGCCCCCAGCCCGGUCCUAGCGCCGCCGCCGCUCCCAGUUCCCAUCAUGCACUGCGAGGCUCCGCCCCCUUCCUGACAUCACCUGGAGGCUCCGCCCACUUAUUGAACUCGCCUCGAGGCUCCGCCCCCUCAGGAGGUCACUUUGAGGCUCCGCCCACUCCUGGAAGCUCCGCCCACCUAUUUAACAUACGUGGAGGCUCCUCCCACUUCACUCUAAGAUCACCUGGAGGCUCCGCCCACCCCUGGAGGCUCCGCCCACUCCUGGAGACUCCACCCCCUUCCUGAGCUCACCUGGAGUCGCCGCCAUGUCUGGCCCAGCCACGCCCUGUGACGUCAUCGCUUCACCUGGUGACGUCACCGCCUCCUCAGACUGCUCUCACGAUGCCCCUGAUGACGUCAUCGCCGCCUUGAGCGCACCCGGACACGCCCCUGCCCCACCUGAUGACGUCACUGCCCCUUCCAACCCUUCCCAUGAUGCACCUGGAGGUGCCGGCUCCGCCUGGAGCGCACCUGCUGAUGACGUCACCGCCGCCUCAAACCCCGCCCACAGCUCACCUGGUGACGUCACCGCCGCCUCAAACCCCGCCCGCAACUCACCUGGUGACGUCACCGCCGCCUCAAACCCCGCCCACAACUCACCUGGUGACGUCACCGCCGCCUCAAACCCCGCCCGCAACUCACCUGGUGACGUCACCGCCGCCUCAGACCCCGCCCACAGCUCACCUGGAGGCGCCUCCGACACGCCCGGUGACGUCACCGCCCCCUCCAACCCCACCCGGGACGCGCCCGGUGACGUCACGGCGGCCCCCGGCCCCGCCCCCCGCGCGGCCCCGCCCUUCGCGUGCCCCAGCUGCCCGCGCGCGUUCCCCUCCCCCGCCCGGCUGGCCGUGCACCUGCGCUCGCACACCGGGGAGCGGCCGCUGGCCUGCCCGCAGUGCCCCAAGGCCUUCGCCGACCCCGCCGUGUUCCGCAAGCACCUGCGGGGCCACGCGGGGCUGCGGCCGCACACCUGUGGAACGUGUCCUAAGGCCUACGCCGAGCGCAAGGACCUGCGCAACCACCUGAGGGCCCAUACAGGUGAGCGCCCGUACCUGUGCGCCGAGUGCGGGAAGAGCUUCGGCCGCUCCUCGUCGCUCUCGUGCCACCAGCGCAUCCACGCCGCCGCCAAGCCCUUCCCGUGCCGCACCUGCGGCAAGGCCUUCACCCAGCUCUCGUCCUACCAGAGCCACCAGAGGGUCCACACAGGUGAGCGCCCGUACCUGUGCCCGCAGUGCGGCCGCACCUUCGGCGACCCCUCGAGCUUCCGGCGGCACCAGCGCGCGCACCAGGGCGUGAAGCCGUACGGCUGCGGCGACUGCGGCAAGGCCUUCCGGCAGCCGGCCGACCUGGCCGUGCACCGGCGCACGCACACCGGCGAGCGGCCCUGGCGCUGCGGCGACUGCGGCAAGGCCUUCGUGGCCUCCUGGGACCUCAAGCGGCACCGCCUGACGCACUCGGCCGAGCGGCCCUGGCGCUGCGGCGACUGCGGGAAGGGGUUCGGGGAGAGGGCGGCGCUGGGCAAGCACCGGCGCACGCACUCGGGGGAGCGGCCGUUCGCCUGCGGGCGCUGCGGGAAGGGAUUCGGCGGCGUCUCGGGGCUCCGGAAGCACGAGAGGACGCACGGCAGGGAGGAGGGGGGCGGGGCCGAGGGGGGCAAUAUGGCUGACGGCAGUAUGGCGGGUGGUGCGGGGAGCAAUAUGGCCGGCGGCACAAAUAUGGCCGCCAUUGGGGGAAACAAUAUGGCUGACAACAAUAUGGCGGGUGGUGCGGGGAGCAAUAUGGCCGGCGGCGCAAAUAUGGCCGCCGUUGGGGGAAACAGUAUGGCUGACAACAAUAUGGCGGGUGGUGCGGGGAGCAAUAUGGCCGCCAGUGCAAAUAUGGCCGCCAUUGGGGGAAACAAUAUGGCUGACACCAGUAUGGCGGGUGGUGCGGGGAGCAAUAUGGCCGGCAUUGGGGGAAACAAUAUGGCUGACGCCAAUAUGGCGGGUGGUGCGGGGAGCAAUAUGGCUGCCGUUGGGGGAAACAAUAUGGCUGACAACAAUAUGGUGGGUGGUGCGGGGAGCAAUAUGGCUGCUGGCACAAAUAUGGCCGCCGUUGGUGGGAGCAAUAUGGCCACCAGCAACAAUAUGGCUGCCGUUGGGGGGAACAAUAUGGCCGAUGAUAAUAUGGCGAGUGUUGGGGGGAGCAAUAUGGCUGCCGGCACAAAUAUGGUGGCCGUUGGGGGGAGCAAUAUGGCCGGCAGCAACAAUAUGGCUGCCAGCACAAAUAUGGCUGCCAUUGGGGGAAGCAAUAUGGCUGCCGGCACAAAUAUGGCCACCGUUGGGGAAAAAAAUAUGGCUGGCACCAAUAUGGCUUCCAUUGGGGGCAGCAAUAUGGCCGACAGUAAUAUGGCGGGUGUUAUGGGGGGCAAUAUGGCUGCCAUUGAGAAAAACAAUAUGGCCAGCACCAAUAGGGCGGCCAUUGGGGGAAACAAUAUGGCUGACACCAAGAUGGUGGCUGUUGUGGGAAACAAUAUGGCUGACACCAAUAUGGCCGACCCUAAUAUGGCUGUCAUUGGAAAAAACAAUAUGGCAGGUGGUAAUAUGGCUGCCGUUGGGGGAAACAAGAUGGCUGCCGGCACCAAUAUGGCGGCUGCUGAGGGAAACAAAAUGGCCUCCACCAGUAUGGCCGCCAUUGGGGGAAAUGCGGUUGGUAUUGGAGGAAACAAGAUGGCUGUCGGCACCAAUAUGGCUGCCGUUGGGGGGAACAAUAUGGCCAGCACCAAUAUGGCCGACACCAAUAUGGCGGCUGUUCUGGAAAACAAAAUGGCCAACACAAAUAUGGCCGCCAUGUUGGUAAACAAAAUGGCCGACGCCAACAUGGCUGCCACCAACAUGGCCGCCGAAUCCAACAUGGCUGCCGGAAGCAACUCAGCUGCCAGAUCCAAGAUGGCGUCGGGGCCCCGCCCCUUUUCUUGUCCUGUGUGUGGGCGGGGCUUCGCCUCGGGGGCGGGGCUAAGGCGGCACCAGCGACGUCACAGCCCCGCCCCCUCUGGCACCGCGUAG